AUGAUAGAGGAGCCCAAAGCUAAAAGACAUAAGAGAGCGAAACUCUCUUCAUCAGAAAAGGAAAAGAGAAAUCAGCUGUUAGAAAAUCUGCAGGAGACAGGAGAGUUCGAGCGGCUUCAAUCGACAUUAUAUGCGCAGUUAAUGAUAAGAGAAUCAUGGUUGGAUGGAAUGAAGAAUAUGUCGCGGGAAACAGUGAAGAAAAGCGGAGGUCCUUCCGAGGUCACGGUAGACGAGUUAUCCAAAGCACUAGUAUCAGAAGGGUCUGCAACAAUUCCUUCGCACAUAGAAGCGGAUUUGAAACGAAAAAUUCGUAAAAUUUGUUCAUAG